AGGAGGAGCAGUGAGGGCUGGAGAGCUGAGUGAGGAGGGAAGCCAGGGAUCUGAUGAGGAUUCACAGCCCGGGCUCUGCGUUCUCUUUAUGGAAUGUUGCUGGUAACUCUCCUCCUGCUGUGUUCUAUGCAGAAAGCUUGCUCUGAGGAUGCCGGUACCAGUUUAUACUUUGUGAAUACAUCAUUGCUGCAGAUCACAUUUUCAAGCACCGUGGGGGUGUUCAUCCCCUGUCCUGCUGCCGGAUCCCCCAGCGCUACCCUUCGAUGGUACCUAGGGACUGGAGAUGACAUUUAUGACGUGCCACAUAUUAGGCACGUCCACGCCAAUGGCACCCUCCAGCUGUACCCCUUCUCCCCGUCCGCUUUCAAUAGCUUUAUACAUGACAAUGAGUAUUUCUGUACAGCCGAGAACUCCGCUGGGAAAAUUCGGAGUCCGAACAUCCGCGUCAAAGCAGUUUUCAGGGAGCCGUACACGGUACGGGUGGAGGAUCAGAGUGCCAUGCGUGGCAGCGCGGCGGUCUUUAAGUGCCUCACUCCCCCUGCUGUGCAGGAAUAUGUCAGUGUGGUGUCCUGGGAGAAAGACACUGUAUCGCUUACAUCAGAGGGCAGGUUUGUCACCUCCCCCAUGGGUGCUUUGUAUAUAUUGGAUGUACAGAAAGAGGACGCUUUGUCCACAUAUCGCUGCAUUACCCGCCAUCGUUACAGUGGAGAAACGCGUCAGAGCAAUGGAGCGCGACUCCUCGUAUCAGACCCUGCAGAAUCUGUCCCAGUGCUUCUUGAUGGGUUUCAAUCCCAGGAGGUCCUAGUGGGCGACAUGGUGGAAUUGCCGUGUAUUGCUUCUGGAUACCCAAAUUUAGCCUCUCGUUGGAUAAAAGAUGGCCGCCCCGUGCCCUCCGACAGUCGUUGGAGCAAGCGAAACACAGGUCUGAGUAUGAGCGACCUGCGGCUGGAGGACAGCGGCACCUAUAUCUGUGAGAUCACCAACAGCUUUGGCUCUGCAGAGGUCACUGGUACACUGAACGUGAUAGAGCCACUCCGUGUGACCCUCACUCCCAAGAAGCUGAAGACGGGGAUUGGAAGUACGGUCAUCUUGUCAUGUGCUUUGAGUGGAUCCCCAGGGUAUACAGUACGCUGGUAUCGGAACACUGAGCUCAUUAAGCCAGAUGAAUUCAUCUCCAUACGAGGAGCUGAUAAUGAAACAUUGGUUAUUAAUAGUGCUCAAAAGAGCCACUCAGGGGCAUAUCAGUGCUUCGGAACGCGGAAAAAGCAAACUGCCCAGGACUUUGCUAUUGUGGUUUUAGAAGAUGGGACACCUCGUAUCCUCUCCUCAUUCAGCGAGAAAGUGAUGAACCCAGGUGAACCGUUUUCCCUAACAUGCUCCGCCAAAGGGGCACCACCUCCAACCAUCAGCUGGACUCUGGACGAUGAGCCUAUCCAGAGGGACUCAGGGCACCGUUCUAAUCAAUACACUGCCUCUGAUGGCAGCACCAUCAGUUACAUGAAUGUGAGCAGUCCUCAGAUCCUGGACGGGGGGGUGUACCGCUGUUCUGCACGCAACUCUGUGGGGAGUGCAGAGUAUCAAGCUCGAAUAAACGUAAGAGGUCCUCCCAGCAUCCGGCCAAUGAAGAACCUUACAGCAGUGGCAGGACGAGACAGCUUCAUUCACUGCAGAGUUAUUGGAUAUCCCUACUACUUCAUCAGCUGGUAUAAAGACUCUCUGCUGUUACCGGAUAACCACAGACAGGUGGUGUUUGAGAAUGGUACCUUGAUGUUGAGUGAUGUCCAGAAAGGGAUGGAUGAGGGUGAAUACCUAUGCAGUGUCCUAAUACAGCCGCAGCUGUCCAUUAGUCAGAGCGUCCACAUCACUGUCAAAGUGCCCCCACUCAUCCAACCGUUUGAGUUCCCCCCUGCAUCGAUUGGACAGCUGCUCUACAUCCCGUGCGUGGUGUCGUCAGGGGACAUGCCAAUACGGAUCACCUGGCGAAAGGACGGACAGGUGAUUGUAUCUGGCUCAGGAAUCACUAUUGAGACUAAGGAGUUCAUGAGCUCUCUGCAAAUUUCCAGCGUGUCGCUCAAGCACAACGGGAACUACACAUGUAUAGCGAGCAACGACGCAGCCACAGUCAGCCGAGAGAGGCAGCUCAUUGUCAGAGUCCCCCCCAGAUUUGUGGUUCAGCCAAACAACCAGGAUGGAAUCUAUGGCAAGGCUGGUGUCCUCAACUGCUCUGUAGAUGGCUACCCUCCUCCAAAAGUGGUUUGGAAACAUGCUAAAGGCAGUGUCAACCCCCAGCAGUAUCACCCAGUGCCCCUAACUGGCAGGAUCCAGAUUCUGCCCAACAGCUCCCUGCUAAUCCGGCAUGUGUUGGAGGAGGAUAUUGGCUACUACUUGUGCCAGGCCAGUAACGGAGUGGGCACAGAUAUCAGCAAGUCUAUGUUCCUCACUGUAAAAAUUCCAGCAAUGAUCACCUCCCACCCCAACACAACCAUCGCAAUUAAAGGUCAGACGAAGGGUCUGAACUGCACAGCACGAGGGGAGCGCCCCAUUAUCAUCCGCUGGGAGAAAGGGGACACCGUGAUUGAUCCAGAUCGGAAUCUACGCUACCUUAUUGCCACCAAGGACAGUGGAGAUGAAGUUAUCUCCACCCUGACGCUCAAGCCAGCAGAACGAGGAGACUCUGUUUUUUUUUCAUGCCAUGCGAUAAAUUCAUACGGAGAAGAUAGGGGGCUUAUUCAACUUACUGUGCAAGAGCCCCCAGAUCCGCCAGAACUGGAAAUUCGGGAAGUCAAAGCUCGUAGUAUGAAUCUGCGAUGGACUCAGAGAUUUGACGGGAACAGUAUUAUCACGGCCUUUGACAUUGAAUAUAAAAACAAAUCGGAUACCUGGGACUUUAAACAGUCCACUCGUAAUAUAUCACCCAUCAUAAACCAAGCCAACAUUGUUGAUUUACAUCCAGCCUCUGUGUACAGCAUACGCAUGUAUUCCUUCAAUAAGAUUGGACGCAGUGAACCCAGCAAAGAGCUCACCAUCAGCACAGAAGAAGCCGCUCCUGAUGGGCCUCCUAUGGAUGUCACCUUGCAGCCACUUACUUCACAAAGUAUUCAAGUAACGUGGAAGGCCCCUCGAAAGGAGCUACAGAAUGGGGUGAUCCGUGGAUACCAGAUUGGAUACCGUGAAAAUGGGCCAGGCAGUAAUGGUCAAUAUAGUAUUGUAGAGAUGAAAGCUACAGGAGAUGGUGAGGUGUACACCUUGGACAACAUGAAGAAAUUUGCCCAGUAUGGAGUGGUGGUACAGGCGUUCAAUCGAGCAGGAACCGGACCAUCUUCUACGGAGAUCAAUGCCACAACGCUGGAGGACGUGCCGAGUCAGCCUCCUGAAAACAUAAGAGCUCUCUCCAUCACUUCUGACGUGGCCGUCAUCUCUUGGUCAGAGCCUUCUCGGAGUUCCCUUAACGGCGUCCUGAAGGGCUACCGUGUCAUCUACUGGUCACUCUAUCCCGAUGGAGAGUGGGGAGAAAUGCAGAAUAUUACAACACCGCGGGAACGCGUGGAACUGAAGUCUCUUGAAAAAUUCACCAAUUACAGUGUGCAGGUCCUGGCCUACACCCAGGCAGGAGACGGCGUACGAAGCAGUGUGCUGUAUCUACAGACCAAGGAGGACAUUCCGGGUCCACCUGCUGGGAUUAAAGCUGUACCAUCCUCGUCUAGUAGUGUGGUGGUAUCAUGGUUGCCUCCUACCAAGCCCAAUGGAAUAAUUCGGAAAUACACCAUCUUCUGCUCCAGUCCUGGGUCUGGACAGCCUGCUCCUAGUGAGUAUGAGACCAGCCCUGAGUUUCUGCACUAUCGUAUCAUGCACCUCCUGCGAGGACAGCAGUAUAUGUUAUGGGUGGCUGCAGUCACGUCCGCUGGACGCGGGAAUGUAAGCGAAAAGGUGAUGAUUGAGCCAGCUGGAAAAGCUCCUGCCAAGAUCAUUUCAUUUGGGGGGACCGUAAGCACCCCAUGGAUGAAGGAUGUCCGUUUGCCCUGCAGUUCGGUGGGUGAGCCAGCUCCAGCCAUUAAAUGGACCAAAGACAGUGAGGACUCUGCUAUUCCAUUAGCUCUAGAUGGACACCGUCUCAUUCAUUCCAAUGGCACUCUCACCCUGCGCUCAGUCAAGGCUGAAGACUCUGGCUACUACACCUGCACAGCGACAAACACCUGGGGUUUCGACACAAUCAUUGUAAACCUGUUGGUUCAAGUUCCUCCUGAUCAGCCUCGACUCACUGUGUCAAAAACCUCAGCUUCUUCCAUUACACUUGCCUGGAUUCCCGGAGACAACGGGGGCAGCUCCAUCCGAGGUUUUGUCCUCCAGUACUCCGUAGAUAACAGUGAGGAAUGGCGAGAUGUAUUUAUAAGCUCUUCUGAGAGGUCCUUUAGACUAGAGAAUUUACGUUGUGGUACUUGGUACAAAGUUAAGCUGGCCGCUAAGAACAGUGUUGGAGCAGGAAGAAUCAGUGAGAUUAUCGAAGCCAAGACUCAUGGAAGAGAGCCAUCCUUUAACAAGGAUCAGCAUCUAUUCACCCACGUCAACUCCACACAUGCCCGUCUCAACCUACAUGGCUGGAAUAGUGGUGGGUGUCCAAUCACCUCAGUCAUUCUAGAGUACCGGCCGCAGAACAGCUGGGCUUGGCAGAGCCUCCGUGCCAACGUGACAAGCGAUGUCUUCCUGACAGAGCUACGGGAGGCCACCUGGUAUGAACUGAAGAUGAGGGCUUGUAACAGCGCUGGAUGUGGAAAUGAGACGUCGCAGUUUGCUACAUUGGACUACGAUGGGAGUACGAUCCCUCCCAUUAAGUCUGCGCAGGGUGAAGGAGAUGAUGUAAAAAAGCUUUUUUCCAUUGCCUGCCCAGUGAUUUUGGCCACGUUGGGGGUCGCCUUGUUAUUUAUUAUUCGGAAGAAGAGGAAAGAGAAAAGAUUGAAGAGGCUUCGAGAUGCUAAAAGUUUGGCAGAGAUGCUGAUCAGUAAAAAUAACCGCAGUUUUGACACUCCGGUGAAGGGGCCACCUGCCGGUCCCAGGUUACACAUCGAUAUUCCCCGUGUUCAGCUUCUAAUUGAGGACAAAGAGGGAGUGAAACAAUUAGGUGAUGAUAAAGCCACGUUGCCUGUAACAGAUGCUGAGUUCAGCCAAACUGUGAACCCUCAAAGUUUCUGCACUGGGGUAUCCCUACAUCACCCUGCCCUGAUCCAGAACACGGGGCCCCUCAUCGAUAUGUCGGAUAUUCGACCAGGAACCAAUCCCGUCUCUCGAAAAAGUGUGAAGUCAGCUCAUAGCACCAGGAACAGAUACUCGAGUCAGUGGACACUCACAAAAUGCCAGAGCUCCACUCCUGCUCGGACUCUGACCUCCGACUGGAGAACAGUGGGGUCACAACAUGGUAUCACUGUAACAGAGAGCGACAGCUACAGUGCUAGUCUCUCUCAGGAUACAGAUAAAGGCCGGAACAGCAUGGUAUCAACGGAGAGCGCAUCGUCCACCUACGAAGAGCUAGCCCGGGCUUACGAACAUGCCAAGCUGGAAGAGCAGUUGCAACACGCCAAGUUUGAAAUUACCGAGUGUUUUAUAUCAGACAGUUCAUCAGAUCAGAUGACAACAGGAACCAAUGAAAAUGGAGAUAGCAUGACCUCCAUGAGCACGCCGUCUGAGCCGGGCAUCUGCCGCUUCACCGCUUCCCCACCUAAACCACAGGACAGUGAUCCAACCAAAAAUGUGGCUGUGCCCAUCCCCCAUCGAGCUAAGAGCGAAUAUUGCAAUUUACCACUCUACAUGAAGUCAGACCCCCACUUUCGUAAACCGGACCCCCAUGACUCAUGUCCUGUGGUGCCGCCUCGUGAAGCAUCCAUGCGCAACCUGACUCGGAGUUACCACUCCCGCCACCUAACUCUAGAGCCGGGAGCCAAGCCUCCACCUGGCCUCUCACACCCGACUCCUUCUGGUGUGAGCUUACCUCAGCGGACUCUUAUCAUGGCUGGAGCAUCAGCCUCUGCCCCUUCAGCUCCAGCAGCCACUGCACCAUCUGCCCCUGCUGACCCCACUGCCUCUGCUGGACCCGUUGAAAACCGCUUGCCUACCCAGCACAGCAAGAUGGGGGGAUCCCGGGACUCUCUGCUGGAAAUGAGCAGCUCUGGAGCUGCUCGAGCACAGAAACAGGGAGCUGGAGCCUACUCCAAAUCUUACACAUUGGUCUGACGCCCACCCCCUUAAAACACUUCCCUCUAAAGACCCUCACAGACUGCAAAGACCCUUCUCCCUCCGCAGUGUCUUGGCUGUAUUUCUAUAUUUUGAAAAACAAUAUAAAAGGAAAAAAAAAACACAAUGGACGAAUGGAGAAUUUAAACAAAAACUUGGUGAUAAAAGACGCAUUUUUGUAUGAAAAAAAAAUAGCUAUUUUCAA